UCCACUCUUUCACAGUGACACAUCAAGAGUCCAAAUAAAUCCGACAAUGCGUAUUAGAUGCCUUCUGGUUGUUCUAGGAUGCAUUUUGUGGAAUGGACAUGCACAAAGUGAUGACGACUUCAUAAAAAGGGGCCGGGAAAUAGUGGCAAUCUUCAACAAUCCCUCGGUCAAUCAAUUAACUAAAUACCAAAAUAUACCGGCUUUGGUUGACUUCUAUGAGAAAUAUUCCAACCGCCUUCAACUUACGGCUCAGCAACGUUCAGAUUUCGAUAGCUUGGUGAGGACGUAUAGACAGAACAAGCCGAUGGUUGGUCGACCAGUACAAAGAGGUGUCUGGCUCUUCUUGGGUCUAUUUCAGGGGAUUGUGGGCAUUAUUAAUCAGAUUGUCAAAAAGUUCUAACACCAAUUUAAGAUUGUAAAACAAUGUGAAUGUUUUAAACAUAAAGAGUAUACAUAUGUGACUUAAUUUCAAAA